CCCCGCCGCCCGCCGCGCCCUCGCGGGCGCCCUCGCGCGCUCUGGAGCGCGAUGUCGGGCGCGGCGGGGCGGGCCGCCGGCGACCUGGCCUCGCCGCAGGCCGCGCCGCAGCCCGCCGGCGCGGUGGACUGGGACGAGGUCUUCUCCUCGGACACGGAGGACGAGGCGGACGGCGCGCAGAGGCUGCAGGCGCGCGUGGACCGCGCCCUGGCGCUGAAGCAGGACGGCAACGCCCUCCUGCAGGGCGGGCAGGUGCCCGAGGCCCGCGCCGCCUACCAGCAGGCCCUGGCCCUCGUCUGGGCGCCCUACCGCCGCCCAGGAAGCGCGCAGGCCGCGGGCGCGCAGGCCAGCCCCGGCAGCGCCAAGGCGCUCUACCGCCGCGGGGUCGCGGCCGCGAGGCUCGGGCUCCUCGCCGGGGCGGAGGACGACCUGAGGGCCGCCCAUCGGCUGGCCCCCAGCGCCGAGGCGCGCCGGGAGCUGGACGCGGUGAUCCAGCGGCGCGCGGCGCCGGGCGGGCAGGUGGGCGGCCCCGCCGUGGUGGCGAAGGGCUUCCUUGCUGGCGCCCCAGCCGCCGACGGGGACGCGGCGCGGCCGCCGCUGGACUCGGCGGAGCCGUGGUGGCACUCGGAGUCGGACGUGGGCGCCGGGGAUGAAGGCCGCGAGUGGGCCAGCGGCGAGCAGGUCCAGGCAACGAUCGAGGUGAACGGGUACCUCGCCGCGAUCUCCGCCUGCCGAGUGCGCUGCGCCUCCGCUGCCGAGCGGGACGCGCUGUCGGAGCAGCUGGCACUCUCCCGCAAGCUGCUGCUCGAGGCGCAGGCGGCCGUCGACACGGCCACCGUGUCCGCAGGCGAGCCCGCCCCAGCGCUGCCCGCCCCCCUGGACCUCGAGGAGCUGCUCGGCCGCAUGGCCCGAGGGCUGGAGGCCUUCCGGCCCUUCUGGGCGCAGCAAGAGCGGCGGCCCGGCGAGUUCGACGCGCUGCGGGUGUGCCGCCGCCUCGCGCCCCGCAGCUUCGACGUGGAGCUGGUGCGCAUGGGCGACGCGGCGCCGGCCACGCCCGAGGACUUCGCCGGCGCCCUCUUCCCACCGCUGGGCCAGCCGAAGGACGCCGCCGCCGCGGCGUGGCAGCGAGAGCUGUUCCACAGGGUCUUCCAGAAAGACGCCAGCAAGUACGUCGCUGGAGCUGCCUGGGCCGUGCUGCGGGAGCUCCUGUCUCGCGGCGCGGCGCUGCAGUACCGCGGCCGCAGGGUCUGCGACGCGGGGCUGGCGCACGGCUUCUACUUCGCCAGCCCGGCGCCAGAGGGCCCCGACGCGCCUGAAGGGGGCGACGGCGGCGAGUUCGACUCGGUGGAUGCCUCAGCACGGGCGGACGCGCUGGUGAUCUGCGCGGCGGCGGACAAGCGCGUGGUCCUGCAGCGGUCCUUCAUGUCGCUCGGCGUCGUGCACAAGUGGCUGCUGCUGGCGGUGGAGGCCCAGGACGCGGGCGCGGCGCGGCCAGGGCCGCCCGAGGAGGUCGCCGCCGACCUCUGCUGCGGGGCGCUGGGGCUCCUGCCGGAGGCCUCCCCGGACUGCCAGGGGGCGGGCUUCGGCAAGCUCGCAGACGCCGUGGGCGGCUGCGCGGCCUGA